AUGCUUACUGGAACGUGUGAGUAUCUAACUAUUUAUCAAUGCUACGCUAUUUGGGGCACUACCGUCACCCUCGCUGUGACGUACCUCGGCUAUACGCUAUACAUUUUCGCCACAAGCGAGUUCAGGAGAAACGCUCUGGAGAUGGAACUCCUGACAAAUCAAGUUAAACGCAGCCAGCAAGAGUUGGAAAUUGCUGCAGAGACACUCAGACAUGACAAGGAAAUGCAUCAAUUCGCUUUAUGGAGAGAGAGGCAAUUUCUCCAACGAAGGAGCUGGAUAAAUGUCUGGAAACCAAAGUUCGAUAAUUAUAUCACUCUUACUUCUGAUGUUCCAGAGCUACAAGUUCUUGUGGAAGAAGCCAGAACUCUGGUGACGAAAGCUGUCAAGGCCGGGGAAGCCUUUGCAGAGAGUUACACCGCAGAAAGCGUUACCCUGAGUCAAUUACUUGAAGGAAUUGACGGUGUUUUAUCCAUGGAUGAUCUGGAUAUUCUGCAAAAAAAGGCAGAAAAAUCAGUCAUUGCUCUCCAAAACAAGCUGAUAGAUACCAUCAAAAUCAAUAAUGCCAUUCAGAAUGACUUCAAGUUUGACUUCGACCAGAUCGGCGUUGCUAGGCGCUCUGUUGACGACCCUCCUCACCUACUUAAGGAGUUCAAUGAAAACUGUGACAAGCAGCACUGCCAUCGAAUGUGGCUCUCAGUCGAGGCCCCGACACAGCGAGGCAAGAAGCGACACGUCGGCAACACAGACCUUAUCCACAACAUCUACUCAACCCCUACCGACUACGAGUUCACUAGCCGCAAUACCAUACAGCGACGUGAUACUCAAUUCAGGCUAACUUCUGAUUUGGAGUGCGAGGAGAGCGAGAUUGUGGAUGUUGGUGGCACACAAGAAUUCUUCCGGAUAGCUGCAAAGCCCGGCGGCGACUGGGACAGUCUAUAUGCUAUCGACAUGAUGAACAACACACAGACGGCAGAGAUGAAGAAGCAACUCAUGGCUGGAAACGUAUCUGACUUCGGAUAUGGUGAGUGGAUGUGUAUCAGGACCGAUACGGCCAACGGAGGCGAUUCUGCGAUGGUGGCAGUCGCAAUCUUCACGACAGACCUGGCCAAGUUAAACGAAGAUGUGGCAGAUAAGCUCGAAAAGUGCUAG